UAGCUAGAGAGCGCUUUUGCGACCGGAGAACAUGUCUCAAGUGCGGUGCUGUCAAUUUGGCUUUUCCAUCUUAGGCUAUUGUCCUGAUUGCAAUACAUCGAGGCACGAUUUGACUCACGUUGAAAUGGUCAUUGACUGCCUAAGGUGCGUUGGCUGGCGAGGUAAACGAGGUAAAUCCCGAGACCCCCCUGCUAUCGCUAUAUGUAUACAUGUAUCUUUGUCUGGAGCUAGGGGAGUUGUAUAUAGAUAAGGGUAGAUAGACAUAGACUGUCACUUCUCACUUCUCGAGAGAGAGGAAAAGCUAGAAGAUGCUCGAUUUCCCAUACGAAGCAAAAAACGAUAUCUGAACGAAUGCUCUCUCGGCCGGGGCCCCAUUCAACCCGUAAGCCCACCUAAUGUCGUCGAGACCACCCUUUUCAGCCGCGGUGUCCAGCGAUGGCAGCCGACAGCAGAAACCGGCAGCAUCCUACAACUUGGACGCCUAUCUACGAAGCCCGCCGGCAUCCCUAACCGAGCGGCUGGUUGCCGGCCGGACACCGGCAACCUGGGAGAACUAUCCGGAUAGCAAACGGGCGGAGCUGAAAUCUUGGGAGGAUAUAUUCAGCGGGGCACGGAAAUAAUAAGGUGACGCCCACGGCACAUAUCGGUGUCCUAGCGGUGGGGGAGUUGCGGGAUUGGAGGUACCUAGGUAUAUAGGUAU